AUGCGGAUCCGGCGUAUGGUUCAGCCCCACAAAACACGCAAGGAACUAAACGUUCCUCCUGCUGUUCGUGAUAAGUGGGAUGAGAGUCCAGAAGCCAAAGACAUGAUGGCUGCUGUUUUGAAGAAGGUGAACUUUGACAAGGCUUCCUUCAUACAGCGAAUCGAAACCAUCAUCAGGCGGGAGAAAACGGUGGAAUUGAUUGUGGACGAGGCCUGGUAUUCAGAGGCCGAAAUGGAGUCAGAACUACAUUGGUCGAAGAACUUGCCUCAGCGUUUCAUGUAUGAUAUGUUCAACCGCUAUGACGGGAUCAAGGAAUAUUGGGUUCAAUUCCGCGAAAGUGGUCAACGGAAGGUUAAAGUGUCACAUGAAGAGAUUCGCUCCAAACGCGAGGUUCCUGAGGGCGACCUGGGGGUCGCAAUCCCCGAGGGUGCAUUUGAUGGCCUGGAUGUCAUGGAGCGGCGACUUGCGGCAGAGCCACAGCCAGCCAACGCUGGGGGUGGUGGUGGUGGUGAGGGAAAGGCCUACAAGGACCAAUUCAAGACCUUCAUGGAUAGCAUCUUACAAAAGAGCGGCAAACUCCGGGGACUCAAGAGGGUUCUAGCAGAGGACUAUGAUGCAAGCGACAAAAGUGUUGCUAAGUCAUUGACCGAUAUUGACUCACAAAUCGACUUGCUGGACAACGAAUACGACUUGUGCAAUGAGCUCUACUCCAAUGGGAGUCUUGAAGGAUAUGGCCAAACGUGCAGCAAGGCGAUGUCUCUGGAAGCCAAGAUCCGGCCUCAUGGCAGAUCAGUGCCAAGCCUGGUCACGCAGUCAAAGGGUUUGCUCGAGAUAUUGGGCAAGGAGUCUAAGCCUGAGGUCCCAUGCAAGCAUGCUGUUUCAUCGGCCAAGAACAUCAUCAAGGACAUUGGCACUGAAGUUGCUGAGCGAUUGUCAGGUGGACUGGUGAAGUUCUCCUCUUCCAAUUGGGGGAACCAUGAGCGAGAUGCCCACCGACAGUUCAAGAAGCUGAAGCUCCGUCUUCCAAUCCAAUUGGCUAAUGUGAGGCCAAAGGAAAACGGACAAAAGACGUUCAAGGCACUUCGCUUGAGAGACUGGCUUGCUUUUUUCCUGGAACGGAAUCUGUGGCAUCAAUUGGCUGGCCUUUCCCAACCAAACGAGCAUCGGGAGGAAUGUAUUUGGGAGCAGUUCUGGGAGCUUUACAGGCAAGAAGCCCCCCAGCACGAGAUUUUCCAGUUGGCAGCCCGUGGAGAGAUUUCAUUGCGGAGAACAUGCGCGGUCUGCUUUCAUGGCGACGAAGGUCGCGGAAAAAAGAAAACGCCAUUCUUUGUUUGCAGUUUCAGAUCAUUCCUGGGCAAAGGCAGCGAUGUUGCGGCCAAACACCGGAUGUCCACUGGGUCAAAAGGAAAGCAACCGUUUUGCAGAAUGAAGGUCAACGUCAAAGGCCACGUGUUUACCACAAGGCUUUUGUGCGGAGUUCUACCGAAGGCUCAGUACCAGCAGAACGAAGCAUGGCUCCAAGACCUUUUUGCUUUUGCAGCUUCUGAGGCCGAGUAUGUUUUGCGUCAUGGAAUGCAAGCUCCGAAUGGGAAGACAUAUAGGAUGGCUCUUUGUGGUGUGUCGGGCGAUUGGCCCUUCCUGGCCAAAGUCGGCAGCUUGGAUCGGAGCUUCGCAGCAUUGCCCAAGAAACUUCGAACCAAGAAUGGUGACUUGGCCCAGUGCCGCGGAAUCUGUCACAUAUGUCUGGCUGGGAAAUGCAAUGGGGGGCGUCCAUCACCAUGGCCGUUUGAAGACCUGGCUCGGGACACCCCGUCGUGGAUUGACACCAUGGGAGAUGAAAGCCCCUUCAAGAAGCUGCCGCACUUUGCAAGGGUUGCCCAUACUGAAGGGCAGCUGGAAGACUUGUUCCGGUAUGACAUUUUCCACACGUGGCAUCUGGGAAUCGGAAAGACAUUUAUGAGCAGUGCAAUUACUUUGGCUUCUUGGUAUUUUCCAGGCACUACGCUGGAGGAAAGGUUUGGGAAUCUGUCGCAGGCAGUGUUGAGCUGGUGUCGGCUCAACCAUGAGCACCUGUACAUCACCCAUAUCAGCAAAGACACAGUGAACUGGGAUGCCAAUGAGUUUCCUACUGGUGGUUGGUCAAAAGGCUCCACCACUACCGUGCUAGCCCGAUGGUUUGCAGCGUGGUCCCUUGAAGUGGAGACUAGCGACGGCCUUUUCAUUGCUACAAGGAGAGCAGCUGCUUGCAUAAAUGAAUUCCUGACAGGCUUGUUUCAAGAGGAUGAUGUCUGGCUUUCUUCAGCUGUGGCAACUCGAGUGGGCCAAAAAGGAGUUGAAUUCCUCCAUCACUACGUGUCUGCUGCUGUGUUGGCCUAUCGGGGCAACCGUUUCUUAUUUCCUUUUAUGCCGAAACACCACGCUUUUCAACAUUUAUGCCUCGUCGACCUGGUUCUGAAAGCCCGCAAGCAAAGCCAUGUCCUUUCACCAUUGGUGUUCUCCACACAGAUGGACGAGGACUUCAUAGGCCGCCAAUCCAGAACAUCUAGACGUGUGCACGCAUCGACAGUCAUUGAAAGAGUGACCUUGCGCUACCUCACCCUAGCCCACGCAGAGUUUGUUCGAGCAGGCUUCCUAUGUGACUCUUAA